AUGUCUACUAUUGAGGUAACCCACGAGGCAAAGCUCUGGGAUUGGCCACUUCAAAGUAACGAAGGUGUCGUUAAGGUUGUCAACACCAACGAAAAGUUUGAGGUCGGGCUGGACGCUCAGUUUUUCACUCCGAAAGAAAUCGAAGUGAAAGUAUGUGGGCAGGAAUUGUUGAUCCAUUGCAGACAUGAGUCACGUCCGGACGAGCACGGUUCGAUCGCUCGUGAGGUGCAUCGUGCGUACAAACUGCCGUCGGAUGUGGAUGUGAGCACGCUGAAGAGCAAUCUAUCGAACAGAGGAGUGCUGUGCAUCAGCGCCAAUAAGCUACGCAAAUAA